AUGGCUGCUCAGGCAAAGUUAAAUACAACCAGAAAAAGAAAUGCUACUAAUAAUAAAAAUGAUCCUCGAAAUCCUCGUACAGUAUUUAUUGAUAACAUUCCUCUGUCAACUAAAAAGAAGGACAUACUCAAGCUGGUCUUCCCCUUUGGUUCGGUCGAGUCACUACGGCAACGAUCAGUUGUGGUUUCUCCUGGUAAGCUUCCUGUUGGAGUUGCUAGGAAACUCGGAAAACAGUUGACAGGGACGACUACUAAUUUCUAUGUUGUUAUGGAGAUGGAGGAGUCAGCUAGUGCUUGUUUGGAGUUGAAUGGACAAGAGGUUGAUGGGAGGCAUAUUAGGGUUGAUCUGGCCACACCUACUAAUGACACUCACUGUUUUGUGUUUGUAGGUAAUGUACCUUUUGGUGUUAAUGAAGAGAAACUGAGAAAAGUAUUUGAGUAAGUACAUG